CGACGGCGUAUUUCUCUCAUCAGCCAAACCCCACCCAAGUCAAUGCCAGCCUCAUCUCGAGCACCGCGUCACCUCAUCCAAAUCACACCCUGUCCUGCAGAGCAUCGCCUCCUCAAAAGUCACAUACUCAUUCACGCUCCAUCCCGAACACUCCACCUUCAAUUUUGAGAGGUGUGAACCGCAGCCCUAACACGUCUUUCAAAGGCUGCGAAACGUGGAGUGGGAGACUUCUAUUAGUACCUGUACUGAAACUGCGAGGGCCAGUGAUGGUUUCUUGCUAAGUGGGGUGGUGUACGGCGGAUUUGAGGUGCGUUGUGUGAGAGAGGAAGGAGAAGAGAGAGAGAGAGAUGUUUGACAGGGAGAGAGAGAUUUUUGACAGGGAGAGGGAGAUGUUUGACAAGGAGAGAGAGAUGUUUGACAAGGAGAGAGAGAUGUUUGAGAAGGAGAGAGAGAUGUUUGACAGGGAGAGAGGGAGAGAAUUGGAAGUGAGGCCAAAUCUGAUUGUACGCCUGAUUCGACAUACAUUCGGGCUGCCACCUUCGCUCUGUGUGGUCACACACAUAAGUAC